AUGGGCGACAAGAAGCGCAAGCUCGCCGAGGAAGCCAUUGCGCCCGAAGGCAAGAAGCUGAAGCACGAGAAGUCCAAGGAGGAAAGGAAAGAGAAGAAGGAGAAGAAGAGCAAGUCGAAAGAUGCGGUUGAUGCGGUGAAGGCUGAGGAGGUUUCCGCGGUGGAGGACAGCAAGCCUAAGGAGAAGAAGGAAAAGAAAGACAAGGAGAAGAAGGACAAGAAGGAGAAGAAGGACAAGAAGGACAAGAAGGACAAGAAAGAAAAGAAAGAAAAGAAGCAGAAGGAAGUAGCGGAAGAGAAGGAGAACACAGAGCCCUCGAAGGAGCAGCAGGAAACCGCCGAUGCGAUGGACGUCGACGCGGAUGUGAAGCCCACCGAGAGCGCAGAGUCCGACAAGAAGACCGAGAAGAAGGACAAGAAGGAUAAGAAGGAUAAGAAGUCCAAGAAAGAAAAGAAGGCAGAACAAUCAGAACAGCCCGCUGCGGAAGAACCCGCCCAAGAACAGCAGGAGGAGUCGCAGGAGCAACCAUAUCAGAAGAACAGCCGGUUCAUUUGCUUCGUUGGAAACCUCCCUUACUCCGCAAAUGCCGAGUCGCUGAGGAAGCACUUCGAGAAAAACCCACCAGCCUCCGUGCGCGUGGCCACUGAGAAAGACAAGCCCACCAAGUGCCGUGGAUUCGGCUUCAUCGAGUUCGACAACUACGACCGCAUGAAGACCUGCUUAAAGCUGUACCACCAUUCCAUGUUCGAUGACGGAAAAUAUCCUCCCCGGAGAAUCAACGUCGAGUUAACUGCCGGCGGCGGCGGCGGCAAAUCCGAAUAUCGCAAAUCCAAGAUCGUGGCCAAGAACCAGAAGCUCAACGAUGAGAGACAGCGCCAAGCCAAGGAAAUUCAGACGGAAAAGAAGAAGGUCCACAACAGAGAUAAUGGCGACGACGCUGGGGACGCCUUCGCCGGUAUCCAUCCCAGCCGGAGAGCUCGGAUGGCAUAA